AUGGUUGUGAAUCCUUUUAGCAAGUUGUUCCCUAAACCUAAAGACAGCAAAUAUGCCAUACCGGAAAGUUCCGAACUUCAAAGCAACUCGCCUAAGAAGGAAAUCCCCUUAAUUUCUUUAUCGGCAUCGAAAAAUGCAGCUUCCGAGCCAAAAAAAGACACCCCCGCUGCUUCUUCAAAAAAAGAGCCAGAUCCAAAACAUGCCGCCAAAAAACACGCAAAAGCACCCAUCAUUCUAAGCCCCGCUUCAAUAUAUAUUCCCAUAUGCUAUCUUGUUGGAUGUAUUAUGAUUUCCGUAAAUUUUCUCGUGCUUAGCGCAUGGAAUUUCUUCUAUUUUUCCCUGAAAAACGAUUGGAACGAAAUUACAUAUGCAAUCACAGGAUACGUUACUGGGUAUCCCUUGCCGUAUGCUUCGCUGAUUUGGUGUGCAAUUUGGAUUUUUUGGGCAUAUACGGGUCUGCUUUUCUACUUUCACCCGAUUCGCAAGUUUUGGAUUUCCUCUUGGAGGCCCAGAAAUGAAAAUGCUACGGGUAUCCAUGCAGCCAAAAUUAGGAUGUCAAUUGGAUAUUUUCAUUUUAUCGUCAACAUUGUGAUUUUGAUUGCCACCCUUGGCGCUGCUCCAAUUUUGGUUUGGCGGUUUGCACCGCAGCUAUUUAUGGCGCCUGUGCGACUGUUGGAAUCUUUUCUUCCGCCAACCUUUCUCGUUGUUCAGUCGUUAUAUGCCGUUGCUGGUCUUCCGCUUUUGCUAGCGUGGUCAUCAGCCCUGUCUCAUGCAUGUAAAUAUAAUCCCAACGAAAGGUCGCCUCCUUGCUCUAUGUCGAUCAGGGGAGUCAGAGUAUUAAGUCUAUUGACAGUCGGGACGUUCGUCAUAUGGGGCGGUGCCGUGUUUUUUUCAUCCCUCCCGCUGUGGUUCGAUUCUGCCCAUUUUCUCAGCGGGGAUGAACUUCCCCCGAAGCCAAAGCUAUUUGCUCAUCGUGGAUUGACAGAGGGAGGCAUUCCGGAGAACAGCAUUUCUGCAUUCAAGGCUGCACUGGAGCAUUCAGAGGUUUUUGGCAUAGAGACCGACGUGACAAUAUCGAAUGAUGGAAUUCCGUUUUGUUUUCACGAUGAUUUGCUAUUAAGAACUACAAAUAUCAGAUCUGUAUUCUCAGAUCGAAGCUCAAAUGCAGCCGAAAGCUUUUCCAUGCAAGAUUUGGAACAAUUAACUCUUUUGGGUGCAACGGAGGGCGAAAAAAUCCCCACAUUCAAGGCUGUUCUUGAGCUUCUCGUCCAAUAUCCCAGUAAGAGGAUAAUUUUUGAUCUUCGCUCACCAAAAGCUCAGGACCAUCCCUUUAAGGGCAAGCACAAUGAUCUCGUUCAAUCUGUAAUCGAGUCCGUUCCCAAUGUUUCGCCCCAGGUGGUGUUGCUCAAUGUGAAGCCUUCGCUAGAGAAUGCGUUUCCAGCGUCCCCUUCAGCCGUUAACUAUGAGGUUGCCGAUCUUAUUUCAAAGGGGGGAUCGGUUGCGAAGAAAAAAGAAGCUUCAAUUAAAAUUGGGGACAAGUCUGCUGCAUUAAUGGGGAACCUCCCGGCGCCCUCAAGCAAAGGGCUGAAUGUGGAGUAUUUUGUCUCUACUCAAGCGAUCCGAAGCGUGCGUGGCCUGCCACCGCCCACCCAAAGCCUCAAGGCAUGGAAAAAGGGAUGGAGUGGGCUGGUGAAGAAGGUAAAGGCUUCGUUAGCAUUGCAUCCAACAAAAUCUGAAAAUGAUGCUGUUAAAGAGCCAAAGCCAUUCUGGAUGUGUAUGUAUGUUCUCAAUGAAAAGUAUCUUUACUCGCAGGCAUGGUGCCUCGGUGUGGAUGCUGUCAUCACAAAUACAGUUGGCAAGUUUUCCGAUUUACCAGAGCCAAUCUGGUGGGUCCCAAAGUCCAAAAUGCACUAUUACCCCUUGAUAGGAUUUGUUGGGGGCGCCGUAUUCCUGUUCUGGGUUGUCGUCUUUAUGUUGCUAAAAUUUUUUGGCUGUGUUGGCGCCGUGUUAUCGUGCAUAUCUUCAAUAUUUUGUUGUUGCGCAAAAUCGAACAAUACCCGCCGUCCGACGUCUGGAGCCAAUUGCUGUUUAUUCCGCUCGUGUUCACAAGCGCCUCCUGUUUAA